CUCAUUAUUGCCUGAUCUACUUGCCGGACCCAGGUCAAUUAUUCCCCCCUCUUUUUGCCUUUUGCAACGGGAUCGUGGGCGCGACAGGCCGCUAACAUAAAGAUACCUGCGCAAACUACACUUACCAUCUAGAUACUUGUACACAGCUACGAAUGAGGAAACAUCACAUAAUAGCACCAGAUACAGAGAGAAAGCCCUCAACUACCCUCAGCCCUCAAAAAACGCCUGGAACCCCCUCCACCCGCAACGCCAUGACUUCCAACGGUGACAGCGUCAAUGGAAUGUCCCUUUCAGCCUUCGACUCCUCCUCCACGAUUCCUCUAUGGCUCGACGGCAAAGAAGUGAAGCUCUCGUCGACCUUCGACGUGAUUUCCCCGCUGGACCAAAAGACAUUGUACAAAGCCUCGGCGGCGAAUGAACAAGACGCUUUGAAGGCGAUCGCCUCGGCAGAGAAGGCACUCAAGUCAUGGUCCAAAACGAAACCGUCGUUUCGACGAGACGUCUUCCUUCGCGCUGCCGAAGGGUUCAAAAAGAGAAAUGAUGAACAGAAACAUUACUCAUACACCGAGACUGGGGCAGCCGAGUCCAUGUUCGCAUUUGAACACAACCUCGCGUACGAAGCUUGCCUGAGCGUCGCAGGACUCGUUCAUACUGCAAGUAUAUCGACCAUGCCCGUCGCUGGCGAAGAAGGCUUCAACGCCAUGGUGCUCAAGGAACCAUACGGUGUAGUCCUGGGGAUUGCACCGUGGAACGCCCCCAACGUGCUGGGUUUGCGCGCCUUUUUGCAACCUCUUGCCAUGGGGAACACCGUGAUUCUCAAAGGCCCCGAGUUCGCCCCUGCAACAUACUGGGCCCUCUCGUCCAUCCUCCACGAGGCAGGCCUCCCAGCGGGAUGCCUCAACACACUGUACCACCGACCAGCCGACGCGGCCAGCGUGACGUCGACACUUAUCUCGCACCCAUCCAUCAAGAAGAUCAACUUUACGGGCUCCACGGCCGUGGGAUCCAUCAUUGCCUCGCAGGCUGGCAAGUUCCUCAAACCGUGCGUGAUGGAACUGGGCGGCAAGGCGCCCGCCAUUGUCUGCGAGGACGCCGACAUACAGACAGCGGCGCUACAGUGCGCGCUCGGCGCCUUCCUGCAUGCUGGCCAGAUCUGCAUGGCCACCGAGCGCAUCCUGGUGCACGCCAAGGUAGCCAACGCCUUCCGCUCGGCGCUCCACCAGACCAUGGACCAGGUCUUCGCGUCCGACGCACAGGGCGGCUUGGGGGUGCCGCAGCUCGUGACGGCGCUGCCCGUGACCAAGAACAAGGCCCUGUUGGCUGACGCCGUGUCCAAGGGCGCCACUGCCAUCUACGGCGACCCGCACCACUCCGAGGCCAGCACGACCAAGAUGAGGCCCGUCGUCAUCGAGAACGUCAAGCCGGACAUGGACAUUUACCACACGGAGUCCUUCGGCCCUACCGUGUCGCUAUACGUCGUGCAGUCGGACGACGAGGCCGUCGGCAUCGCCAACGACACCGAUUACGGCCUCUCGAGCUCCGUCUACACCGAGGACCUGCGUAGGGGACUCAAGAUCGCCCGCCAGAUCGAGAGCGGCGCGGUCCACAUCAACACCAUGACCGUCCACGACGAGGCCGCCCUGCCGCACGGCGGCGUCAAGAAGUCGGGCUUUGGUCGCUUCAACGGCAUUCCUGGUCUGGAGGAGUGGGUGAGGACCAAGGUCAUUACGUGGAAGGAUUGAGUGGUCUUGACCAAUGAAAGACAAAAAGUACCACGAGAAUGGCAGGCAAGGAGCAUUACUCAGUGUAAAU